GUUGGCCGCUGCAGCGAGAAGUUAAAUCACGGAAAAGAUAUGUGCUGCUGCCUCAUGUAGCACAGAAGAAAAAGAAGGAGCUGCUGCGCGUAUUGUGAUUUCUUCCUUCCUUCCCUCCUCAAAUCUUAACGACAUGGAGUCAGCCAUCCAGACAUUGGUGACCACAUUUCUUAGUUCUACCAGAGGCAAGGAGAACAUGGAUGGGAAAUCCUUCCAGAAGAUGGUAAAGAAGCACCUCGGAAGCGUCAUGGAGGAUGCCAACAGCUCGGCAGCCGUCAAGGAAAUGCAGAACGGCCUGGAUGAGAACAAGGACGGAAAGGUCAGCUUUCAGGAAUACCUCACUCUGAUUGGCUACAUCGCCAAGGCGGUCAGCGAGAGCAAGCACCCAUCCAACGCGGCGGCGUCAUAGACGGACGGAGACACAUUUGGGGCCGUGCUUCUUUUUCUUCCACCGCACACAGUUAGCCAACCUUUUGUAUCGAUCUCAUCCUCCUUUUAACCUGCUUGCGUCCAUCGUGUAUUCAAAGCUCCCUCCAUGUUGAUCUCAAGAAAACAUUGAAGAACUCCCAUGUCAAGAAUGCAAUUAAAGCUUUUUACCGACACCGAA